CCGUGACGAUAUAAGCGAGACGAUUAUCAGACUAGUGGAAUCUGGGAAUUAAGUUUUGCCUUUUCUCGUCACACAGAAAGGUCAGCAUGAUCUUGCAUUUAUUUGUUCUUCGCUAAGGGUAUUUACAGAUUUUUAUGGUUAUGGUUUGUCUUUCCAACCCUAACAGUCAUCUUCAACUUCUCAAAUCCAAGGUUCAUCUUUGCAGAACCCUAAGACAAAGUGAACUAAUGUCCUGUGUGUGGCCGUGUGGAUUUUGACAUUUUCUCUCGUAUCAGAGACAAUUAGCAGGGGGAAAUGAGGGGGGUCGCAGACUAACCACUUUGGCAGUUCACGGCGGAAAGAACCAUUCCCGAAUCUGGGGAGACUGAGGGAGCAAAUCGAGGACGAAAAGAACGAUAUGGAAGAUAAUAGUGGUAGAGAAAAAAUGAAGCUUCGAAGAACCAGUGAAGAUGUGGACUUAAUUAGUGAGCUACCGGAUUCCAUUUUGUGCCAGAUUCUGGACUUUCUUCCUACCACCAUAGAUUCUAUGAGGACGAGCUUUGUAAGCAAGAGAUGGGAAUUUUUAUGGACCUCUAUUCCAGUGAUCGACUUAGACGAGAGGCAUUUUGUUGAAAAUGUCUGUGAGGUUACUUUACAGGAGCAGAAGAAUUUUGCUGAUUUUGUUGAAAGGUUUGUUAAAUUUCAUGGAGAUAUGAAUUUAUCAGAGCUUUGGCUACGGUUUGAUAUUAGAAGAUAUCUCAUUUUCUCUUUCGUGCUGAGACGUGGGUACGUACUGUGUUGACUACUGAUGCUACCACAGUUGAUUUGAGUUUCACUGGAAAUACUUUAGCUUUGGCAGACAUGGAGCAGGAAAUGUACACUUUAGUUCCAUGUCGUUUCCCAUCCAGAUCAAUGAAAGUUUAAGGAUAAAAUAUUGUAAGCUUAGACUCUUGGAGAACACUAGCUUUGUCUCUCUUCAAGCCGUAACUUUGGCUGCAGUAAAAUUAUCCGACUCCAUAGUUAAUGCUCUGAUAUCUGGUUCUCCAUGCCUUGAAAAACUGCUACUAGAGUGUCGCUUUGUUCCCGAUUCUUUUCUCCUUGAAGCUCCUGAAUCACAUCUGAAGUGCAUAGUGGUUAAUAACUGUUUUAGUAUUGGAAAGAAAUUCAUUGAACAUUUCUCUGUUAAUAUUCCAAGCCUUCAGAGCUUUAAGUAUAAGGGGAUUAUAAAAGACGUCUCUGUGAAGAACUUGAGGAAUUUGAUUGAUGCUGAAAUUGACGAGCAAAAUGAGUACUAUGGGUUUCCAAGUCAUGAACUCCACAUGUUAUGCGAACUAUUCAAUGGUCUUAGUCAUGCCCAUGUUCUAACACUAACUAGCUGGUUGUAUAUCCAGGAAGAAACGGAUGCUUCAUACAUUUUAGAUAAAUCAGUUCUCAAAGAACCUAAAGUCUGGGAAGAACUGACAAUGCCUUUAAAAUUUUUACUUCAUCUGAAGAAAGUUGAGAUCAAGGGCUUUGAGGGGCGAGGCAAUGAAAUAGAAUUUCUACAAUUUUUGCUCAAGAAUUCAGAAGUUUUGGAGAAGAUGGUUAUUUCUAAUGCUGAUUUGACAGCAAGGUAUGAGAAGUAUAAGAACAAAGGGGACAAGAAAACACUGAAACAGUUACAGAAGACACAGCUAAAGUCAAUUCAAAAAUUUUUCUUUCUUCGAAAAGCAUCACCUUGUGCUGAAAUAGUACUCUCAUGAGAUUGAAAGAUUUCCAUACAUGCCAUUUCUGGUUCCAAGUUAGCUAGUCCAAGAAUCUUUCUCAGAUUUCUUUUCAUUUUUCCCCAAAAAUUAGCCGUUCAGAGUGCAGCAGCAAGGGAUUCCUUUGAUGCUUUUGCUAGAGGCAGAGAUGCUGAAAAGCAGCCAAUGCUUACUUGUUUUCUUCAAGAGAGUUGGAAGUUUUUUUAAUCCAAUUUUUAAGAAUUACUGAAGAAGAAUCAAGCCAGCAAUAUCCUUGUCUUCCCUUUGAAAUUGGACCAUUACUAAUGUCAUAGCAGCAUGCUUUAUUGUUCAAUGCUUGAGCUUUGUGCAACUUAUGUGAAUCAAGUUAAGUUUGUUUUUUCGUUUUGUUUUGUUUUGUUUUGUUUUUUUUAUUUAUUUAUUUUUUUUUUCUUAAUGAUGCUUAGCUUUACUUUUCCUAACCGGUUGCAGAAAGGGAUUGGAGUUGGCAAAAUGGCAUAUCAUAAAAGUGCCCAUAGUAUUUGUAUAAUUUUUUCUCUAGUGCAGAACAUGUAUCGGUUAUGAUUUUCGACUUUAAUACCUUGUUUAUAAUUUAUUAUUUGGGCAGACUUAUACUA